UUGUGAAAAAUCGCUUACGAUCUUCAAAAAAAUGUCAACAGUCAACACCUCAGAAACAGAACAACGGAUAUUAAAACGUCAAAUAAGAUAUCUGACUGAUUUGAUAAAUACCACUGCAGGAUCAUCAAAACAUAGUGAAGUAGGACCAAACACAUCCAGUAAACUGUUAUAUAAACAAGAUAAAGAUGAUAGGCAAAGAAGACAUAUCAGCAAUACAGGGAAACAGUCUGAAAAGGAUUCCUCUAAAUUUUCCUGGAAGAAAACAAACAUUGAUUACAAUAAAGCUCAAAAGACAGCAAUAACUCAACCGUGUCCAUGUCAAACAGUCAUUUAUAGAUCAUCAACAAAUGGUACACAAGAUAACAAAGUAAUAAAGGGAUCUCUGACAGAAUUACAGUCAAACCUGAGCUUACCGUCAACUUCUCAAAAAGCAGUAAAUCAUUCCAGUAUUUGGUCCUCUCAAAAAUUGUCAUUGGGAUCUCACAAAUUAGACAUUCAAAUAUCUAAUAAAAUCUCAAAGCCUGCUUCAAUCAAAACUUCUACUGAGGAAAAUAAGAAACUGAAAAAUGAAUUGUUAAAAAGGUCUUACUCAGUACCAUUAGAUAUAAAUUUACCAAAACAAAAGGGAACUGAAAAUUUGGUGACAGAUAAUAGAGAUACAAGCAGUUUACCUCAAAAUGGAUGUGUUUUACAGAGACUAAGGAAACAUCCCUUUAUGAAUAGGUCUAAAAAUCAAACAUUGGUGCAGACACACCCACCAAAUGAAAAAACAGAAAUAGCAUCAACUAGAUUGUGCAGUGACAGUAUAAGUGAUUUGAAAACUUCAGAAACUAAGUUGAGUGAUAUCACUGGAAGUCAUUUUGUGAAACCAAAUCUUCAAUAUUCUAAGUCUUAUCAAGGUAGUGUUGAUACAGUGAAAAGUACAGAUGAAUCAAAAGAAAUUGGCAAAUCUAAGAAGUCUGCGGCAGUAAGUCAAAUACCUGAUGGAAAACAAACAAGAACAAAAUCAAGUAGUUCUGAAAUUUCUCCUUCAAAGAAAGAGAUGUUACAGGAAUUAAAUAGAAAGCUAUCUGAAACAUCAGAUAAAAUUUCAGCAUUGAAAAGACAGUUAUCAUUCAAAUCAAAUGUAAGCAAUCCUCAAAAAAUUACAAAUACCAAAAGGCUUGAUAUAGUUGUCAAAAAUGGAGUAAAAACUGAAGUUAGCAAGGAUCUCACAAAAAACACAUCUGUCACUAUUCAAAAUCAGCAGAAAAAUUCUGUUAACACAAACCCUACAAAUAAAAUCAUACAUGAUUUGUCAGGGUUAAAUCCAGAUUCUGUUUGUAGGAAAAGUGAAUUGAUAGAUGCUGAUAGAUUUACCCAAAAGUCAAGGUAUUCAUUGCAGAAAAGUGUGCCUAUAGAAACUCCAGUAACUUGUAAUCCUUUGCCGUCAAAAACUGGUGGCAGAGAGUCUUUUGUGGAAAACAUAAAGACUUCAAAAGUGCCUUUUAAUUCAAAAUAUAAACUUAGGAAAAAUGUGUCUGAAAUUGCACCUUCCAUUACGCCAAAACAUAAUAGGGUAUUCAUUGAUUCAGAAUACAGCUCAGGGAAUGUUUUAUCAGAGUUUUCCAGCUCAAGGAAUGUUUUAUCAGAGUCUUCCAGCUCAAGGAAUGUUUUAUCAGAGUCUUCCAGCUCAAGGAAUGUUUUAUUGAUGUCAACCAGGUCUCAAACAACAAAUGUGAUAAAAUCUAAAUACAAACUUCAAAAAGUUUGUUCUUCAAUAUCUUCUAGCAAUGAAUUAUCAUCACCACACUGCAGUCAACCGUCAACGGGAGGAAAUCAAAAUCCUGUAGUUUUUAAUUCAAAAUUCAAAUUAAGAAAACAAAAUUCACAAGGAGAAACAAUAAUUCAUACUUUAACGAAUAGCAACACACAAGUUGCAUCCAACAUCAUAAAGUCCAAGUACAAAUUGAGAAAGAUUGGUCAAAAUACCAGUCCAAUACUGAAAUUAACAGCAAAUAAAAAGAAACCAGUUUUCAAGUCUCAAUUUAUAUUUAAUGACAUGUCCACUUGCACAAGUACUGUUGGAGUUGAAAGAAGUCAAGGGUAUUCUGGAUGGUAUCAUAAAUCUUCAGGAAAUUCAUGGCGUCAAACAAGGAACAGGUUUUAUGGAUCCAGUUCACACAGAAGAAAGAAAUUUCCAAGCAGGAUUAGUUACCAUGGGAAUGGUUACCAUGGCAUUAGCAGGAGUAAAUCUAAAUAUAACUACAAUAAUCAAUGGAUCCAUUCUAAACCAAAUAAGGGAAGGAACUGGACAUCCAAAUACAGAUUGGGUUCAGACAGAAAUAUGUACAAGUACAGUCGUCAAGGAAAUACAGCAAAAAGUCCAUUAUUGAUAAAUAAAAGAUAUGUGCUGAAACGGCUUCAAAGGACAACAAAAAGUCCUACAAAUUACAAGAAAGUACAUACUAUCCAGAGCAGUAAAGAUAACAACAAAAUGGUUGUUAUAAAUGGAAUGUUAUAUAAAUCUAGUGGACAUAGUCUGGUGAAGACAAAUCAACAAAAGCCAAACAAUAAUCAAAUUGUUGUUAAAAAAAUGAAUACCUCAGCAAUGAAGAUAGUGAAAGUCAGAGGAAUCAAAUUCCAGAUGGAUACUUCAGGGAAAACCUUAAAAAGGAUGGAUUCAAGUCCUGUUAAAUCUGAUAAUCAAAUCUCAAGACAAGCUUUCAAAUCUUCUGUGAACAGAAUUGAUAUAGGUGGAAUGACUUAUAUACAGACGAAACCUGGAACAUUGGAACAAGUUGGCUCUAACAAAGCCAAAGCAAUUGCUAGCCGAAUGAAACACAGAAGUAUUCUCACUGCUACAGCAAAGUAUAAGAAGGACAAUACAAAGAAGAAAGUAGCCAAGAAAUACUGCAUGUUCUUCAACAGAUUUGGAAAGUGUGAAAGGGGAAGUAACUGUCCAUAUGUACAUGAUCCAGACAGAGUAGCUGUGUGCACAAGAUUCUUAAGAGGAACCUGUAAAGUUGAUGAUUGUCUGUUUUCUCAUAAAGUGGCCAAGGAGAAGAUGCCAACAUGUUCUUAUUUUCUGCGAGGAGUUUGUAACCGUGACGACUGUCCAUAUCUACAUGUAAAUGUCAGUAAAACAGCUAAAGUUUGCCAAGAUUUUAUCAAAGGAUUUUGUCAGUUGGGAGAAAAGUGUAAAAAGAGACACAUAACAACUUGUCCAUCUUAUUCAAAAACUGGUGUUUGUUCAGAAGUAAAGCCAUGUAAAUUAAAACAUAUCAAGAGGAAGCAAAGAAAAGUAUCAUUGGAUGGUAAAGAAACUAGAGAAAAGGAUAAACCACAAAAGUUACAAUUGAAAAGACAAUAUGAGGAAGGGGUUACAGAACAGUCUGAUAUUCCAUUCAAACAAAGGAAGUUACCAGCUUUCAUUUCAAUAUUAUCUGAAAACAAGGAAAAGUCGGAUGAUGCUAAAAAGAAUGAAAUUGCAGUUUCAGUCAUAAAAAUCAGACCACAUCUUGGUUGAACAGGUGAAAGUGCAAUCGAAAGGGUAAACCACCUUCAAAUAAUUUAAGUUAUAAAUCAUUUGAAUGUGAAGAUUUUAUUUUCAGAACUUUUUUUCUGUAUGUUAUACAUAUUUUAUUUUGUUAAAUAUUUAUAAGAUUUUAAUAAAGAAAUAAAUCUUA